GGCCCUAGGUUUUGGCUGCAGAGAAGGAUCCUGUCCCGGGACAGAGGGGACUUGAAACAGACGGUUGAGAAGUGAAGCAGGAGAAGCGCAGCACAAAGACAAAGUGAUCUGGAUCAGAACCAGCCCGAGCCGACACACACGAGUCGCUCCAACUUACACGCACGGACCACAAACUUGUCUGAGGCUCCAGAAACAAACGGGAGAGUGAGUGUGUCCCAACUGAGCAGCAACACGAAGUUCUGAAAAGUCCGAUCCAAAAUGAGACAGAAGUGGACAGAGUGGAGGUAAGAGGCACGAUCGGUGCUGGAGCCCCACAACCGAACCCUUGUCUGUUAACAGCUGCGACACUAUCGCACAGACUGCACGCUUCCAGCUCAUGCACAGCGACUCCAGUCCUAUUCAUUGAUUUCAUCCCAGAACAGUAGCCCCUUUACUGACUCAGUAGCCAUGCAGGGUGUCACCAGAGCCUCCAUUCCUCUGAUUGUGUGCCACCUCCUCGCCUUGUGCCUCCCCAGCCUUGGCCAGCUCCAUGGAGAAAAGGGCAUCUCUGUGCCAGAACAUGGCUUCUGCCAGCCCAUCUCUAUCCCUCUCUGCACAGACAUUGCCUACAACCAGACCAUCAUGCCCAACCUCUUGGGUCACACUAACCAGGAGGACGCUGGACUGGAGGUCCACCAGUUCUAUCCGCUAGUCAAGGUCCAGUGUAGUUCUGAGCUGAGGUUCUUUCUGUGCUCCAUGUAUGCCCCAGUUUGCACGGUGCUGGAACAGGCCAUCCCUCCGUGCCGAUCUAUAUGUGAGCGGGCACGACAUGGCUGCGAGGCCCUCAUGAACAAGUUUGGCUUCCAGUGGCCAGAAAGACUAAGGUGUGAGAACUUUCCACGUCAUGGAGCGGAGCAGAUUUGUGUUGGGCAGAACCACUCUGAAGAUGGAGGACCCACUCUGCUAACCACCAGUCCACCCCACCCUGGCACUCCUGGGCCACCUAUCUAUGCCACACUGGACCAUCCGUUUCAUUGUCCUAGGGUGCUGAAAGUCCCCUCAUACCUCAACUACAGGUUCUUGGGAGAGAAGGACUGUGCUGCUCCAUGUGAACCUACCAAAAGCGAUGGUUUUAUGUUUUUCAGUCAAGAUGAGAUACGCUUUGCCCGCAUUUGGAUUCUCAUCUGGUCUGUGCUGUGUUGUGCGUCCACCUUCUUCACUGUAACCACCUACUUGGUGGACAUGCAGAGGUUCCGCUAUCCAGAAAGGCCCAUCAUAUUCCUGUCUGGGUGCUACACCAUGGUGUCCGUGGCCUACAUUGCUGGGUUUGUGCUGGGCGACAAAGUGGUCUGCAAUGAAAGUUUUUCAGAGGACGGCUACAAAACUGUCGUACAGGGGACUAAGAAGGAAGGUUGCACGAUCCUCUUCAUGAUGCUUUAUUUUUUUAGUAUGGCCAGCUCAAUCUGGUGGGUCAUUCUCUCUUUGACUUGGUUUCUGGCUGCUGGUAUGAAGUGGGGGCAUGAGGCCAUAGAAGCCAACUCGCAGUAUUUUCAUCUGGCAGCGUGGGCUGUGCCUGCUGUGAAGACCAUCACCAUACUGGCAAUGGGUCAAAUCGAUGGAGACCUCCUGAGCGGGGUUUGCUUUGUGGGCCUAAAUAAUAUUGACCCACUUAGAGGUUUUGUGUUGGCUCCACUUUUUGUCUACCUCUUCAUUGGAACCUCUUUUCUCUUGGCUGGUUUUGUGUCCCUCUUCAGGAUCAGAACCAUCAUGAAACACGAUGGCACCAAGACGGAGAAAUUGGAGAGGCUCAUGGUGCGCAUUGGGGUCUUCAGCGUCCUCUACACAGUUCCUGCCACUAUUGUUAUCGCGUGCUACUUCUACGAGCAGGCGUUUCGAGAGCACUGGGAGCGUAGCUGGGUUAGCCAAAAUUGCAAGAGCCUGGCCAUUCCCUGCCCUCUCCAGUAUACCCCACGUAUGACCCCAGAUUUUACUGUAUAUAUGAUCAAAUAUCUCAUGACCCUCAUUGUUGGCAUCACAUCAGGAUUCUGGAUCUGGUCAGGCAAGACUCUACACUCCUGGAGGAAGUUCUACACAAGGCUCACCAACAAUAAACAUGGGGAGACCACAGUGUGAGGAAGGAGAUGAUGGAUGGUUAGAGGACAACCCCGUCCUUUAUCACUGGACUACCACUGACUGUAAAUUUCUACACGUAUUUUAUCUCUGUUCAAUAUUCCUGGGAUCCCAAGCAAGUCUUUCUAGUCAUCGGGUGGAAGGCCCUAGAUAAUACCAUCGUCAGGUACAUCCCUUGGAUUUGUAACAAAAACUGUAAAUAGUUUUUGCCCCCCAUAAAUGUAAUUAUAUAUUUCUAUUUAAAAAUAUGGGGCAGAAAAUUGAGACACUAUAGAAAUAUGUUUGGGGGGGGUGGGCAAAUACUCUUUCCCCCUCCCCUGCUUCAAGUAUUUUUUUGAUUCAGCAGUGCCUUUUGUCUAAAUAAAGACCUAUAGCCUGCAGUCCUCGGCCUGUACUUGCCCUUUAAUUUUACUCCGUUCAACUUUAACCCUGAACAAAAGUGUUAUUGGUACGAAUUUCCUCUUGAACUUGAAGGUUUCAGUUAGAAGACAGCCAAAGAACUCGGGAGUCGCUAGAAUUACACGUGGGACGUGAUGACAGACUUUACUACUUUGGGGAGAAGGGUCCCUGAAAUGUUCUUGCUCCCGGUUACCCACAUUGUCCUCAUUGGACCUCAUUGAAUACUAGGGACAUACUGUUGACUUGGGGUAUGCAAGGGUUACGUAUGCAAUCGGGACAUUAUCUCAACACUGAUACCUUAUUAACCCCUUGUUUGCUGAAGAUGAACUCUUCCCUAUCCCGGUGGGACUUUGCUAAAAAAACCCAGCUUCCAUGGUUCCCCUUUGAAUAAUGAUGAUGAUGUUUAUGUGUUUCUUUGUGUUUUUUUUUUCUAUGUGAUCUUAUUAUUAUUAUUUUUGCCCCCUUUUUUUUUUUUUUUAAAUAAAAAUAUUUUUUGUUAA